UCCUGACUCUGUGGGUUCUUUCCUGCUGAAGACAAUUCUCUUCCUGUCCCAGCCUAGGGUUAGGGGGCUAAGCCCCAGGCUCUGCCAGUUUGGGUCUCAGCCUCAUGGAUGAAACUGGCCUGCCGCCCCCAGCCUAGACGAGUGGGCUGAGGGUCAGGGUGGACAUGUGUCAUACCCCUUGACCUUUGGAGGCCAGGAUUGGGUGAGGGGCUGGACAGUGAGUCUCCCUUUGCCUGGGAGGAGGAAUUUGGGCUGAGACAAUAGGGCCCUGUCUCUUCUGGCUUGGGGGUGGUGCCCCACAGCCCCCAACAAAUGCCAUCAAGAGAUGGAGACAGUUUUCCCCUUGGUGCCUUGGGCUGCCCCUGCCCUUCUGUGACGGCUGCUUUCUUUCCUCAGCUGAUCUGGCCUACUUGGCCGUGACCUGCCCUUGCUUUGUCUCCCGCCCUCUCUCCAUGUCCUCACAUUAUCCCACAGUCUGUUAGGCUAGAGGGGGUGGGGUAUUGGUUCCUAUUAGAGCUUCUGAUUUGGGGACCUCCAAAGAUUGUGUAGGUCCUGCUGAACGGCACUUGGCUGAGGAGAAGGUAAGGAAGGCAGGGUCUGACUACUGGCCAACCAGCCAGAGUGGGGAGCUAGUUGGAGGGGGCAGGACUGGGAGGGAGGCUGUGUGGUCCAGCCCCUUGGCAUCUUCUCACCAGAGAGGCCCACCCGCCAGUGUAGCUGCUGGGGCUGCUACAGCUGCUACGGCUGCAGCCUCCAGGACAGCCUCCAGGACAAGGGACAACAACAGGAGGAGAGAUGUGCAGGUGCCCAGACCGUGUGAGUGGCUCAGGAAAGUCAAUGUGCUGACCUCAGACUGCUUUUGAGGACCUCACCUAGACCAAAGAGAAGGGAAGAGCUCCUGUAACUGCUUGUCUGCAGCCCUCAGAGUGAAAGCCAUGGAGCCCUGGGCUGGGUGCUGCAUUUUCCUACGAGGAUUCUCAUUCCUCCUGGUACUGAUGACAGAAGGGGCCAAAGGAGGACCUUUCAAAGAAAGUUUGGGAGUGUGCUCCAAGCAGACGCUGCUGGUUCCACUCCGUUACAAUGAGUCCUACAGUCAACCAGUGUACAGACCCUACCUGACCCUGUGUGCUGGAAGGCGCAUAUGUAGCACCUACAGGACCACGUACCGCGUGGCCUGGAGGGAAGUGAGGCGGGAGGUACAGCAGACACAUGUGGUGUGCUGCCAGGGCUGGAAGAAGCCACACCCAGGAGCUCUCACCUGUGAAGCCAUCUGCUCUAAGCCUUGUCUUAAUGGAGGUGUGUGCGCCGGACCGGACCAGUGCGAGUGUGCCUCAGGCUGGGCAGGGAAGCACUGCCACGUGGAUGUGGAUGAAUGCAGGACCAGCCUUACCCUCUGCUCUCAUGGCUGUCUCAACACGCUGGGCAGCUUCACCUGCAGCUGUCCGAACCCCCUGGUGCUGGGGCCCGAUGGACGCGCCUGUGCAGGGGGCCCUCCGGAGUCCUCGACGAGUGCUGGCAUCCUCAGUGUGGCAGUUCGGGAAGCAGACAGCGAGGAGCAUGCCCUGAGGCGGGAGGUUGCAGAGCUUCGUGGGCGUCUAGAGAGGCUGGAGCAGUGGGCCACACAGGCUGGGGCCUGGGUUCGAGCAGUGCUGCCGGUGGCCCCUGAAGACCUGCGGCCUGAACAGGUGGCUGAACUUUGGGGCCGGGGUGACAGGAUCGAGUCCCUCAGUGACCAGGUGCUGCUACUGGAGGAAAGGCUGGGUGCCUGUUCCUGUGAGGACAACAGCCUGGGCCCAGGCCUCCAUGGAUGACAAGGAAUGCCGGCAGCGGCUGGGGUCCCUAACUCACACAGAAACUAUGCCUGCUAACGUGGGAUCCCAAGAUCUGGUACCAACCCCGAGGUGCUACAGCCACAGAGAACCCCACGUCUCUCUUUCUCUUUAUUUCCAGUUGCUUGCUGUUAUCCAGAUAAUAAAAACCAACCACACAAAA